ACCCGCGCCUCACCUCCGGAGCGCCGCAGACUCAGCCCCGCGGCCUCGCUCGGGGGGCGGCCCGAGCGGGCGCGGGGCUUGUAAACAGACCCAGCCGCACGUGACCAUGUGAACUACCUGCUCCGGGGACGCGCAUUGUCUUUCCCGCGAGCCGCGCCACAAAGGAGCGCGACGAGUCCGAGCACGGAGAGACAGGCGAGCGAGCGGGGAGAGCCGGCCGGCGCGCUAAGAUGGCUGAAGGCGCCCAGCGAGGGUGAGUGGGGGGCGCGGCGCAGCCAGCCGGCGAGUCCUCGCGCGGGCAGGGCCAGCGGCGCCUUCCCCGCGGCCUGGCGCCGGAGCCACCAUGUCGUUUGCGCUGGAGGAGACGGUCGAGUCGGACUGGGUGGCCGUGCGGCCCCACGUAUUCGACGAGCGCGAGAAGCACAAGUUCGUCUUCAUCGUAGCCUGGAACGAGAUUGAGGGCAAGUUUGCCAUAACCUGCCACAAUCGGACGGCCCAGAGGCAGAGGAGCGGCACCCGGGAUCAGGCGGGGGCGCGAGGCGGCGCCGAGUCAGGCGCGCUCGCAUCCGACGGGACUCGCGGGCCGGGCAGCCCGGCGGGCAAGGGUCGGCCCGAGGGCACUGCCUCCGCGACUCUGGGCAGGAGCCCCGGGUCCCGGAGGCGCCCAGCCUGGCCAGAGGGCAGCUCUCCGCGGAGCGCGUACAGCCUUCGAGGGGACCCGCCGCUGCGGAGUCCGGCCGGCAAAGGGGCGGAGAGUCCUCUCCGGAGCCCAGUGAGGGCCAACCCCAGCCCGGUCCGGAGGGCAAUCGGAGGCAGAGAUGUUGCGGGGUCCGCCGCUGCGGCACCCCCGCCGGCAGGCAAGGAGGCCCCGAUGUCGUCGGUGCGGGUAGUGAGCGCUUGCGGGACGGUCACCGAGGAGAUCGAGGUGCUGGAAAUGGUGAGGGAAGAUGAGGCGGACCCGGCGGCGCUGGCGCUCUCGGCCGCGGAGCAGCCGCCAGCGGCCGCCGAACUGGAGUCCCCGGCCGAGGAGUGCAGCUGGGCCGGGCUCUUCUCCUUCCAGGAUCUGCGCGCCGUGCACCAGCAGCUGUGCUCUGUGAACUCGCAGCUGGAGCCGUGCCUGCCGGUGUUUCCGGAGGAGCCGUCGGGCAUGUGGACGGUGCUGUUCGGGGGCGCCCCGGAGAUGUCCGAGCAGGAAAUCGACACGCUGUGUUACCAGCUCCAGAUUUACCUGGGCCACGGCCUAGACACCUGCGGCUGGAAGAUCCUGUCCCAGGUGCUGUUCACCGAGACCGACGACCCGGAGGAGUAUUACGAAAGCCUGAGCGAGCUGCGGCAGAAGGGCUACGAAGAAGUGCUUCAGCGGGCCAGGAAGCGCAUCCAGGAGCUCUUGGAUAAGCACAAGAAUACGGAGAGCAUGGUAGAGCUUCUGGACUUGUAUCAGAUGGAGGACGAAGCCUACAGCAGCCUUGCAGAAGCCACAACUGAACUCUAUCAGUAUUUACUGCAGCCAUUCCGAGACAUGCGGGAACUUGCAAUGCUACGAAGACAGCAGAUCAAGAUUUCUAUGGAAAAUGACUACCUGGGCCCCCGAAGAAUUGAAAGUCUACAGAAAGAGGAUGCUGACUGGCAGCGGAAAGCCCACAUGGCCGUGCUGUCCAUUCAAGAUCUUACCGUCAAAUACUUUGAAAUAACAGCUAAAGCUCAAAAAGCUGUGUAUGAUCGAAUGCGAGCAGAUCAGAAGAAAUUUGGUAAAGCGUCAUGGGCAGCAGCUGCUGAACGUAUGGAAAAACUUCAGUAUGCAGUUUCUAAGGAGACUUUGCAGAUGAUGAGAGCUAAAGAGAUCUGUUUGGAACAGAAGAAACAUGCUCUAAAAGAAGAGAUGCAGAGUCUACAGGGCGGUACAGAAGCCAUAGCUCGAUUGGAUCAGUUAGAAGGUGAUUAUUAUGAUCUGCAACUUCAGUUGUAUGAAGUGCAAUUUGAAAUCUUGAAGUGUGAGGAGUUACUGUUGACAGCACAACUGGAAAGCAUCAAAAGACUUAUAUCAGAAAAGAGAGAUGAGGUGGUGUACUACGACACUUACGAAAGCAUGGAGGCCAUGCUGGAGAAGGAAGAGAUGGCAGCGUCUAUGCCUUUUCAGAGAGAAGAACUACAGAAACUUCAGCAGAAAGCACGCCAGCUGGAGGCAAGACGUGGACGGGUUUCGGCCAAGAAAGCAUACCUCAGAAAUAAAAAGGAAAUUUGUAUUGCAAAACACAAUGAAAAAUUCCAACAGCGCCUUCGGAGUGAAGAUGAGUAUAGAACCCACCACACAGUACAACUAAAAAGAGAGAAAUUACAUGAUGAAGAAGAAAGAAAAAGUGCCUGGGUUAGCCAAGAAAGACAGAAAACACUGGAUAGACUUCGAAAUUUUAAACAGAGAUACCCAGGCCAGGUCAUACUUAAAUCGACCCGAUUGCGACUGGCUCAUGCAAGAAGAAGAAGUACAGCCAGCCCCGUGUCCUGUGAAGACCAGUGUGACAGCCUGCCAGGAGUGCCACAGGUCGAAGAGAAAGGGGAGGGACUGCACGAAGGAAGGGCCAAGCUCGGGUCCUCACAGGCAGCAGACGCCCAGAGCCUCACCCCACCUGAAGGUCAUCCCUCAGCACAACUUGAAGCCACCUCAUCACUUCCCAGCAGCUUUACUGCUGACCUGCCUCCCCCUGUGUCUCGUCCACUGUUAAACACUGUUGACUGCAAAGCAGGCUCCGUCCCAGCGGGGCCGCUCCCACCUCCUCUGCCUCCCACGCCUCCCCCACCUCCCCCGCCCCCACCGCCCCCACCUCCGCCGCCUUUGCCUGUGGGUCAGGACGGCGCCCCCGAGACCCUGGAGAAAGGCCUGCCCCAGAUGGAGGGGAGUGAGAAGAGGAUCCCAAAGUCAGCCAGUGCCCCUUCAGCGCACCUCUUCGACAGUAGCCAGCUCGUCAGCGCCAGGAAGAAGCUCAGAAAGACGGCUGAAGGCUUGCAGAGGAGGAGAGUGAGCUCACCCAUGGAUGAGGUGCUAGCUUCCUUGAAGCGUGGUAGUUUCCAUCUGAAAAAGGUUGAACAGCGAACUCUGCCUCCUUUUCCUGAUGAAGAUGAUAGUAAUAACAUCUUGGCACAAAUAAGAAAGGGGGUAAAAUUGAAGAAGGUACAGAAGGAAGUCUUGAGAGAAUCCUUCACGCUUCUGCCUGACGCAGACCCUCUAACACGGAGCAUCCAUGAAGCUCUUAGAAGAAUCAAAGAAGCAUCCCCUGAAUCAGAGGACGAAGAGGAGGCUUUGCCUUGCACAGACUGGGAAAACUAACAAGUAACUCAACGAAAAAACACCUACAGUUGAACAUUGGCUCUUGAAAAAUUGUAAACAUUUGGUUCCACGAUUGGAUUCUGUUAGAUCCAAAAUGUAUUGGCUCAGUGGUGUGAAAAAGGAAGCACAACGGGCAAGUUACCACUUUUCCAGUCAUUCCAGUAGAUGGUGGUUAUGAGUUUUAGAUGUGCAAUGUUCCUGACUGCAACGAAGAAACGGCCUUCUGAAGAUUCCUGUUUUUAAGCACCUUCCCCACCUGUCCACCCGUUUACAUCCCUGUAGUGGCCAGUAAAGCUCGGGGUCGCUGUGAGUUGGAAGAAACACUGGGUUGACAGAUCUACUGUGAGCUGUGUUGAGACUGCUUUAAAAUCUAUCGUUCAGUGCACUGAAUAGUCACCUGCCCAAGAUACAGAGCUUGUUCUGUAUCAGCUUAAAUAGUGUGACCCUCUGAAAAAGAAGUUAAUUGUGAUAGCUAUAGGGUAGGAAUUGGAAGAAUCAGAUGGAAAUGCACUGACAAUUCCCACAUUAUUCAUCUCCAAGGGAUUUUCAUAAAGAUGCUCAGCAACAUCUGAAAAGAUACACGACCAUGGAGAUACACCUAUAACUGUGUUUACCACAACGUGAUACAUUUAACAUGGCAUAUUUUUAGAAGCCCACACAUGUAACAGUUUGUAAAGUUUCAAAGUAAAAAUUUCCAUGCUUUUAAAUAGCUCUUCAUAAUUGUGAAUUUAUAAUAGUUUGAAUUUUAUGUGCAGCUUUGUUUAUGAGAAGCAAUACUUUGUAAUUUGAUAAUAUUUCAAAUAAUUUUUAGCCUUUUCGUUUGAACUAUUGCUUGAUUACUGUAACUCAACAUGACUUUCCUAUUGAGAAUCAAAAAUUAGGAUUCAAUAGUAGGGAUGCAGAUCUUAAGUCCUUCUAACACAGACCAUUAAAGUUUUUAUUUUUAUGUUCCACAGUGGUAGAAAAACAUGCUCUACAAAUAUGCAGAAAGUAGACAGGCAGAAAAGCCUCUUUGACUGGCAUUUCACUCUUCACAUGCUCUGAGUUGAAUUUCCGGAGACAGCCUUUGUUAUUGUCAGUAAAUUUUUAAACAUAUGUAUGUAGCUCUAGGUGCCGAUUUUGCUGUAAUGGAGUCCUGAAGAAUGCAUGGAGCUGACAUGGAUUCUCAGCAGGACUGCUGUGGGCUUGAAUGAAGGUAGAUAUGUUGGAUCCCAGUUUACAGAACUCUGUAAGUGUGAUUCUGUAUAAGACAGGUCUUCACUGGUACAUGAAUGGCUAAUGUACCAAAAUGAACUUUGAGGCAAUUCUCUGGCCUAGACCCAGAAAGCAGUCCUGGAGUAAAAGUCCUCCAAUGUAUCUGCGUUGGUGAUCCUGAAGAAAAAUUACGCUCACACCUUUGUCACUUGAAAAUGCUAUUUCUUUUAAGAUAAUUAUGGAGAUAAUUUUCUGUCAACAGGUUAUAUUAAAAAUCUGUUUAAAUAUUGAAAAUAUAUUUAUUGAUGAGACUAUGAGCAUUGUCACAAUAUAUUGGCUUUAUUCUAGCAUCAUUCUCACACCUUGUCUGAGAAUAUUAGAAAUACAGAUUUAAUAUAGUUAACUCAGUCUCCUGAUUACAGUAGAGGUGGGUUAUAGAUUUUUGUAACAAACCUUCAGCAAUGCAUUGAAACAUGCCUUUUAACCUAAUGAUUGAUUUGAUUGAUAUAUUUGAAAAAAAAUAUUUUAGCACAUUUGCAAAUCUUAAAUCAUGUAUCAAUUUUAUGCCUUUGAAUGCUUGUUCAUAUCAUGUUUGGGGGGGGUUGUUUCAUUUAUUGACAUUUAGAAAAAUACAGAAGGAUCUGGUGUCAUAUUAACAGCAGAAGCUCUGGAACUUUAAUAUGUCUAGAGGGAAUUGCUACCCACUUAGUGUUACAGCUGGGGUUCCAUCAAGAGGCAGUACUCCCUUUUAAAAGGGUCCUGUAACCUGUUUUCCUGAGCCAUGCUGUAAUAAAUCUCUAGCAGAUGAUGCAGGGUGUUCAGAUCCAUGUGAAUCCUUGAGGAAUGAAUCCAUGGCUGUAAGCACAAGCCACCCCGGCACUCUGCGAAGGUUGUCCUCAUACCUGAAGAUAGGAGGUUAAAGCAGAAUCUCACUAGCAGCCCCCAAUGGCCAUUCUCUGGUAACAACUUUCUCCAACACAUCUGCUUCCCCUCCUCCAGAUUCAGGUUCCUCCUUCCACAAAAUUCCAUGUUACUGGAGGUCAUCAACCUUCGGAGUUCUCACAAAUAAUAAGAGUUUCAGAUAACUGCAGUCCGUUUGUCCAAUUGAAUCCUCAUGUUAAUUAAAAAUCAGUUUCAGAGCCCCCCAAAAUUUAUAUCAAUGUAAGUAUGGUUUCCUUUUUAUCUUUGCCCCUAAAAAAAUGAACAUCUCUGCCCUUAGUAUUAAAUUUGUAUAUAUUUAGGUAGGACAGUGCUUAUAUAUGAUCAUGUUUCCAGUUCCAAAUUUGCCCAUACUACUAAUGUGGUUUAUUUGACAGUUAUAUUGCUGUUAAUAUAUCAUUUCCAUAUCAAAAAUCCCCAGACAGCUGCUUGCUUAUACUGAAUCAAUGUAUAAGUAAACUUACCAAUCUAGUCUCAACUCAGUAUACUUAAAAUAGGGAAACAAGUAGGUGGUGACUUAGUUGUUUGGAGGUUAAUGUUACUGCUCACUUGACUGUCAAUUUUAAAUAUUUCUUUUACUAAUACAACUAAAAUUAUGUACAUAAAAUCAACGAGGCCUGUAUAGAAAAGGUAUUCCUAAUGAUUUAAAACGCUAAUGGUACUGUAGUGUAGCAGCAGUAUGUGGAAGAAAUAUUUGGCUAAAGAAGAAUUUUAAAAGAUGAGAAUUGCUCACUUAAUGUAUAUUUUACAGGCUUAACUGAGUCAGUGAGCAGCAUAAAAACAAUCAUUCUUUAGUUCUUCAUUGUAGAACUGAGACAUUUCUAUAAAAUGCACAGCUGUAACAGUUGAUCAGGAGUAAGUAUGGAGUGGUAUUUCCACAGUGAAAAAUAUGGGGGCUUUUCUUAUUAUAUGGACACACAGAAAAUCUAUUACUCUGUAUAAUGAGGGAGGGAAAAGAAGCCUUGUUUCUACAAAGCUGAAAUAUGUAGCAGUAUUUGUUAACUCAAGGCAUGACCUCUCUCUGUCAUAAAAUGUGUUCGAUUUGAAAAGCAUACUUUGGCCAUAGCAGACACUAAGAAUUAAAACUCUUAUCAGUGGAACAAAAAUGAAUGGGCAGCACUUACUCUGUUUGAAAUGGGACCAGUGUACAAUUAAUACAUUCAAAUUUAUACAUUCCCUAAGACUGUUUUUAAAUUGCAUUCAUUGUGUAUAUAAGAAAAGCCUUUUCUUUCACUAAAUACAAGGUUUUCUUUUUAAACCUUUGUAAUUUUUUUUUUUAAGCCUCUAUGACAUCAACCUGUAAAGUGCUCAUGGGUUACAGGCCUUAUCAGGGAGUUGAAAUUUAUAUACAUAAUACCAAAUUAUUCGUAAAAAGCCUUUUUGAACAGCUAUAAAACGUUUAAAAACUGUGGCAGAUGCAGUUAUCACACAUCCACUUGAUAGUGAAAGCAGAAACCCAACAAGUUUUACCUAAUUCUUGCACUGAAUUUAAAUAAUAUAAAGUUAAGUUAAAUGUGCAUUUUAAACAGAAUUUAUUUCUCAUUUAUUGGUUAGCAUAGAACAAUGCUUAGUGUUAGAGAGUUGAUCACAAGAUUGGUUUUAGAAGGAAGAUGGUAAGAAAGCAGAAGCACCUUACUGGGGAGCAUGUUGCAUUCAUUUAGUGCUGCUGAACAAUUCAGUAGUGAUUUCUGAACUUUGCUGCAAAGUGCUCUUUAUUUAAAGCACAUAAAAAGAGUCUCUGCUUAAUUGCUUUGUAAAGUGAAGCAAUGGUAUAUUUUAUCCUAUAAAUAUAGUCUAAUUUAAAAGUUUUUCCUACAAAAUGAGUUUAUAUUGCUGCCUAAACUAUCAUCUGUGUAAACAAAGGAUUUUUAAAAAGGUGAGAGAGGGAGUCUGGAUUGUGAGAGUGUGUGUGUGUGUGUGUGUGUUUAAUGUUUGUUCAUUGAAUUAUUUCAGAGAUAUGUUCAUUCUAAAAAUUUCUGUUUUACCCACAGUAAAUGUACAGCUUGAUAGUGGAGGGAUUUAAUUGACUGAAUUCCAAAUUCAUAAGUGUCUCUCCCCCUCUCCAAACACAUGAAUCACACCACUGUAAGGUAUAUGUAGAUAAAAUACCUCUGAGGCUGAUAUAUUAAAUAUAUUAUCAAUGUUAUACUGAAUCUUAAAGCAGCUUGUUUUGAGAGUAAGGAGAAAGUUUGGGGUUUUCUGAUCAGGUGUGACUAAGAGAGGCUCCAACUGGUGAGUUCAGGAAAGUCUCUGGAAAGUGAUUUGAGAUGUAUAGAAAAGGUAUGGGUGUUGGUUAAAGAGUUCAGUUUUAAAAAGGGAAGUUUUGUUUUUUAAACUUGCAUGUUCUAUGGUUAACUAUCAAAAAGUUAUUCUAGCUUUUCCCAAUACUAAUUAUAUUGGUUUUAAGAAUUCUUCAUAAUCACAAGAUGACAUUAUCCCUUCAUUUGUGACCAAAGAAGGGUAGACAGUACAACCCAUGCAGGUGACUUCCUACUUCCUCAACUUGGACAGGAUCCCCACUGCGCCAUUGAAUUUCUUACUGUACUGUAUGUCUUGCCAAGUGUGAAACCAUAAUAUAUAAUUUAUGAAGAACUGAAGGCUACCGAUCCUUUUGCAUGAAUAAAAAGCCCAUUUGGGCUCAUGAAACUGACAUGUCUUUUAGCCAUUCCGGUUAAAUGAAAAUUUUAAUGGCAAACCAGUUCACCACUUACUAGCUUUGUGCAAUAUUAUAACGGCAGAGGCAGAACACUAGCACGUUGUGCUCGGCUUUUCAGGAUGGCUUUAACACCAUUACACUAAAAUGGACACUGUACAAAACGUAUUGUAAAUGGCAGCUCUUGCAGAUUUACAGUACUUAAAUAUGCUCAGUUAACAUUCUAAAGUAUUAAAAGUACAGAGAAAAAAUAAGCAUUUAGAGCAAUACUACGAGAUCUCUGAUAAUGUUCUGUUGCCUUUUGCUCUUUAGUGCAACUUCCUGCAUUGUAAUGACUGUAUUGCUAUGUUAUUUCAUGUUUUUUACACUCAUGACUUCAGAGUUAAGUACUUGUACACCAAGUAUUGCAAUCACCUUUCUCUUCUUGUACAUGCAACGUAACAACAUACAGUUUUGGUGCUUAACAAUAUUCUUUUUUUCUUUAAUAAAAGAUAUUUAUUGAGUUAA